CAAAAGCAUCGUGCUCUUCUCGUCCUUUUCCUUUUCUCCUUUUUAAUUUUAUAAUAUAAAACAAACAGAUCUUAACUUCGUCGAUUAAAUUUAAACGUCUCUCUCCGUUUCCUCUCAAUAUCUCUCUCGCUCUCGCUCCUUCUCCUCAGAGGUCUGCUUUAUUUAUCAUAUAUAGCUGCUGACAGAAAGAGGAAAUUUUUUUGUUAGGGUUUGUAAAAGAUGGCUCCUAAUGAUCCUAAACAAAGUGGUGGAUUCUUCUCAUCGAUCGCUUCCAGUCUCUCUAAUUUUGGUACCGCCAUGUCCAGAUCAGUCAACGGUUUACUGGGAUAUGAAGGGUUAGAAGUUAUCAAUCCUGAAGGAGGCAAUGAAGAUGCUGAAGAAGAAGCAAAGAGAGGAAGAUGGAGACAGGAGGAUAGAGACAGCUAUUGGAAGAUGAUGCAGAAGUAUAUAGGUUCAGAUGUCACAUCCAUGGUGACACUUCCCGUCCUUAUUUUUGAGCCAAUGUCGAUGCUGCAGAAAAUGGCUGAGUUGAUGGAAUACUCACACUUAUUAGAUCUUGCUGAUGAAUGUGAGGAUCCUUACAUGCGUUUGGUGUAUGCUGCAUCAUUUUUCAUAUCGGUCUACUAUGCCUACCAACGCACAUGGAAGCCAUUUAAUCCAAUUCUUGGUGAGACUUAUGAAUUGGUCAAUCAUGGUGGUCUUACAUUCAUAUCGGAGCAGGUUAGUCAUCACCCUCCAAUCAGUGCUGGACAUGCUGAAAGUGAGCAUUUCACAUAUGAUAUAACUUCAAAGGUCAAAACUAAAUUCCUAGGGAACUCGAUUGAGAUCUAUCCUCUUGGAAGGACACGUGUAACCCUAAAAAGGGAUGGUGUAGUUCUAGAUUUGGUGCCUCCUCUCACAAAAGUCAGCAACUUAAUAUUCGGACGAACUUGGAUCGACUCACCUGGGGAGAUGGUCUUGACAAACAUGACAACUGGGGACAAAGUUGUACUGUACUUUCAACCUUGUGGUUGGUUUGGUGCUGGUCGCUAUGAAGUGGAUGGAUACGUAUAUAAUUCGGCUGAGGAGCCCAAGGUAUUGAUGACAGGAAAAUGGAACGAGUCAAUGAGCUAUCAGCCUUGUGACCUGGAAGGAGAACCACGCCCAGGCACUGAACUAAAGGAGGUCUGGAGGGUUGCAGAAGCUCCAAAAAAUGACAAAUAUCAGUUCACACAUUUUGCGCACAAGAUCAACAGCUUUGACACUGCUCCAAAGAAGUUACUAGCAUCGGAUUCUCGUUUACGUCCUGAUAGAUAUGCUCUUGAGAAGGGUGAUCUAUCUAAAGCUGGUCAUGAGAAGAGCAGUCUGGAGGAGAGACAGAGAGCUGAGAAGAGAAACCGAGAGGCCAAGGGUCAACAGUUUGUUCCAAAAUGGUUUGAUCAAACCAGCGAAAUUCACCCUACUCCAUGGGGUGACUUGGAAGUGUAUCAGUACAAUGGCAAGUAUACUGAGCAUCGCUCUGCUGUAGAUAGCUCAGAUAGCAUUGAGGAAAUUCAUUUUGGCUCAAUAGAAUUCAACCCUUGGCAAUACGACAGUGCAGCUGCUGAAUGAGCAUUGCUUUGUCAUUGUUUGCCUGUAUCAUAUUUUUUAAUUAUUUAAUUAUCCAGUCUUGAUAGUGUUUUACCUAAAUGUCAUAAUGACAGCAUUUUGAAUACGAUUUGCAGUUUUCUUGUCUC